AUGGGUCUAAGCCAGCGUGUUAUCGACGUUAUUACUAAAUAUUCAACAAUAAUUUGUGAAGAACUUCCUCUUUUGGACAUUUUAGAGGACUUAAAAUGUCAAUGUGGCCUAUCUGAUCUUGAAAUUUACCUUAUAACAGCUGGUCCUACUCGAGAAGAACGAAAUGAUACCUUCAUACAAGUGCUACAGUCUCAUAAUGAUACCGAUUUUUAUCACUUUUGUCUGCUACUUCAAGAUCAUCCAUACCAAUGGAUAAAUGAAUUGGGAAUAAAUUUAGCAUGUGAAGGUUGUAGCGAUGAUCAAAUAAGCAUAAAUGAUUCUAGGAAAGUACUACCAGUAGCGGUAGUACACGCUAGUGAUGGCACGGAAUCUCAAGAAGUAAGAGCCAGUAGUGAAAUUGAUGACAGUGCUUUGGGCGCUGUUGCUUCCGGCAGAAGUUCAACCACUUCUUGUUUAAGGGAUGCAAGUCUUGAAAGUUCGAAAUCAAGUAGGAUUAAGUUUUCAGACUUUUUCGAAGAACUUCAAGGCAUCGACUCUUAUGAUGACGCAGAUUUGUAUGGCCCUAGCCAAAGCCAAGAACAGGUUGAUCCCUCCUUGGUCAUCGUAGAUACUAGCAAUGGUUUAAACAGUAUUAGAAACUUAAUUCUACUGUCUGAAAAUCAUAAAAUGAUUUUAGAAGACAACUAUGAAAAAAUUGUCGAUCAUUGUGCAUCUAUUUCUUUGCAAAUAUGCAUAGAAUUACGUACAGUAAAUACCUUUAAGGAAUUUGAAAUGGAAACGAUAGAAAAUAUGCCAAAUGAUUCUCUGAGAAUGAGUACAUUAUUAGAUAUACUAAUUGCUGGCACCGAGGAUAGCUUUGAUAAAUUCUGUAAAUGUCUGCAAUGUAUGAAACCGGAAGUUGCAGAGCUUCUAAGAGCUAAUAAUAUCGAGGAUGAUGUACUGCAAGUCCAAAGAAGGCCGAAAGAUAGUGCUGAGACAAUGAAAAAGUCUCAGUUCCAUAGCAUUGGUAAUCAAGAAAGUUCAGAAAGACAAAGUGAGAACAAAAGUUAUGGUGAGCGAACAAGUUAUAGCCGUAAUAGGAAUGACGAAAUAGAUCCUUGUAUCAUUUUAUAG